AUUUGUUGACUUUGCUACCAACAAGACAAAACAGAAGCUAUUAACUUCUCAGUUCAGACACAACCAAGACCAGAGUUCAUUGCUUGGACCAGUUCCUCAUUCCUUCCCUUCACAAUUCACACCCUACCCCCACCAACACCAAGCACAUAAUCAUAAUAAUAUCUACCUUAAUUAGCUUCUCUGCAAUUUGCAAUUUGCAUUUUGGAACCAACCAAAACACCAUUCACAACAUCACAACAUGAGGAACAACAAGCCACAGUUAUGGCUUUCUCUUUCACUCUUCAUCACAUGCUUCUCUUUUCGCACAUCCCUUGCUGCUUUGACCACCAUCUCAGCAAACCAAUCUCUCUCCGGGGAUGAAACUCUUGUCUCACAAGGUGGCGAAUUCGAAUUGGGCUUCUUCAACACAGGUAACAACUCUAACAAAUUCUACAUAGGCAUGUGGUACAAAAAGAUAUCUCAAAGAACCUAUGUUUGGGUAGCAAAUAGAGACCAACCAGUUUCUGAUAAGAAUUCUGCCAAGUUAACAAUAUUGGAUGGUGAUUUGGUGCUUUUAGACCAAUACCAAAAUCUAGUUUGGUCAACCAAUUUGAAUUCUCCUAGCUCAGGUUCUGUUGUAGCUGUGCUUCUAGACAGUGGGAAUCUUGUAUUAAGCAAUAGGGCUAAUGCAUCAGCAUCUGAUGCUAUGUGGCAGAGUUUUGAUCGCCCCACAGAUACAUGGCUUCCUGGUGGUAAGAUAAAAUUGGACAACAAAACAAAGAAGCCACAAUAUUUAACUUCAUGGAAGAAUAGCGAAGAUCCUGCGCAGGGUUUGUUCUCUCUUGAACUAGACCCUGCAGGGAGCACUGCUUAUCUGAUUCUUUGGAACAAAUCUGAACAGUAUUGGACAAGUGGUGCUUGGAAUGGACAUAUUUUCAGCUUGGUUCCUGAGAUGAGGCUCAACUACAUCUACAAUUUCACCUUUCAGUCCAAUGAGAACGAGAGCUACUUCACCUAUUCCGUUUAUAAUUCUUCUAUUAUCACGCGUUUCGUGAUGGAUGGCUCGGGGCAGGUCAAGCAACUUUCGUGGCUGGAGAAUGCUCAGCAAUGGAAUUUGUUCUGGUCUCAGCCAAGGCAACAGUGUGAGGUCUAUGCCUUCUGUGGUGGAUUUGGGAGCUGCACUGAGAAUGCCAUGCCAUAUUGUAAUUGUUUGAAUGGUUAUAAGCCAAAGUCACAAUCUGAUUGGAAUCUUAAUGAUUACUCAGGAGGGUGUGUGAAAAAGACCAACUUUCAAUGUGAGAAUCCAAAUUCCUCUAACAAGGACAAGGACAGGUUCCUUCCAAUUCUCAACAUGAAAUUGCCUAAUCAUUCACAAUCCAUAGGAGCUGGAACUUCUGGGGAAUGUGAAGCAACAUGCCUGAGUAACUGUUCUUGUACUGCAUAUGCUUAUGACAAUAGUGGUUGCUCAAUUUGGAAUGGUGAUCUCUUGAAUCUGCAGCAGCUUACUCAAGAUGAUAGUAGUGGACAGACUUUGUUCCUCAGGCUUGCAGCAUCUGAGUUUCAUGAUUCUAAAAGCAAUAAGGGGACCGUCAUUGGUGCUGCUGGAGCUGCUGCUGGUGUAGUGGUUCUUCUAAUAGUUUUUGUGUUUGUGAUGCUGAGGCGCAGAAGGAGGCAUGUUGGGACCGGAACAUCAGUGGAGGGCUCAUUGAUGGCAUUUAGCUACAAGGAUUUGCAAAAUGCCACAAAGAAUUUCUCGGAUAAACUUGGAGGAGGGGGAUUUGGUUCUGUCUUCAAAGGAACAUUGGCUGAUUCUAGUAUCAUAGCAGUGAAGAAGCUUGAAAGCAUUAGCCAAGGUGAGAAGCAGUUUAGAACAGAAGUGAGUACAAUUGGGACAGUUCAACAUGUCAACCUUGUAAGGCUUCGCGGCUUCUGUUCUGAAGGUACUAAGAAACUUCUGGUUUAUGAUUACAUGCCAAAUGGUUCCUUGGAGUCCAAAAUGUUUUAUGAAGAUAGCUCCAAGGUGUUGGAUUGGAAAGUGAGGUACCAAAUUGCUCUUGGAACAGCAAGGGGGUUGAAUUAUCUCCAUGAGAAGUGCAGAGACUGCAUCAUACACUGUGAUGUGAAGCCAGAGAACAUUCUCCUAGAUGCUGAUUUUGUUCCAAAGGUGGCAGAUUUCGGUCUUGCAAAGCUUGUUGGAAGGGACUUUAGUAGGGUCCUCACUACCAUGAGAGGGACAAGAGGCUAUCUUGCUCCAGAGUGGAUUUCAGGUGUGGCUAUCACUGCCAAAGCUGAUGUCUACAGCUAUGGAAUGAUGCUUUUCGAGUUUGUGUCGGGUAGGAGGAACUCCGAGGCAUCAGAAGAUGGUCAAGUGAGGUUCUUCCCUACCUAUGCUGCAAACAUGGUGCACCAAGGAGGGAAUGUCCUUAGCCUUUUGGACCCUAGGUUGGAAGGAAAUGCUGACCUUGAAGAGGUCACUAGAGUCAUCAAAGUUGCUUCAUGGUGUGUCCAAGAUGAUGAAUCUCACAGGCCUUCAAUGGGUCAAGUGGUUCAAAUCCUUGAAGGGUUCUUGGAUUUGACUUUGCCUCCAAUUCCAAGGACCCUCCAAGCCUUUGUUGACAACCAUGAGAACAUUGUUUUCUUCGAUGACUCCAGCUCCACACAGAGUUCACAGGUUAAGAGUAAUGCAUCAAGUGCUUCCUCUCAAGCCAAAAGCAACAUCUCAUCAUCCAAAAGUAGCACCUAGUCCUCAAGACAGAAUCAAGAGGGCAUGUUUAGUGCUUUCUCUCUGUCUCUAAAGAUACAAUAAGUAGUGACAUACUUUAAUUUUGAGGCAUUUAAUUGUAAUGUUAAGAUGUUUGUAUAUAUUCAACGAAAAUAAUGUCACCUGAUUCUGAUAUAGCUAUUCUUGUAUUUAGUUGUAUGAGCUAGUUGGGGUUUGGGGGAUGAGACAAAGCAGAAAUGUAUCAGAUACAUGGUGCAUCUAAGUUAGGUGCAUUAAGUAAUAAAUUAAUAGAUGUCGCUAAUUGAUAAUUUA